UGCAACGACGAACUAAUUUUUCAAAACGUCAAUGCACGAUUCCCAGGAUCUUGUCAUGACGUCGGUAUAUGGACAACUUCGCCGGUGAGAAUCAAACUCAUCAGGGAACACAUUGUGGGGGCAUUUAAAUGGCUUUUAGGUGAUUCAGGUUAUCCUUUGGAGCCAUGGCUACUAACACCAAUAGCAACACCUUCUUCCGCUAGCGAAGAGAUUUUCAAUAAAACACAUAUAAAAGCAAGGAACACAAUUGAACGUGCCUUUGGAGUCCUGAAAUCACGAUUUCGGUGUCUAUCCAAAGAGCGCGUUCUUAGAUAUUCGCACAAAAAUGCGGCAGCUAUCAUCUAUACAUGUGUAAUAUUCCACAAUAUGCUGCAAAAACGUGGCAUAUUCACUGAUGAGGCCAUGCCACCAGAAGACCCAUCGAAUGAUGAAAAUAGUGAACCAAUAAGGUCAACAGAAUAUUAUUCUGAAGGCAGAAGGGCGCGGCAAAAUUGCAUGAACGCACUUACACUGUAA